AUGGCAGGAGGAGGUUUUGUUGCCCAAGAUGGUGGGAGGAUCUAUGCCGGCCGCGUCACUGCCUUCGUGGUCGUUACCUGUUUGGUUGCUGCGACUGGUGGUCUCAUCUUCGGUUAUGACAUUGGAAUAUCAGGAGGGGUGACUGGAAUGCCAGCAUUCUUGCAGAAGUUCUUCCCAGCAACAUACAAAAAGUCACAUGAUAAUCAUGAAAACGCGUACUGUAAGUACGACAACCAUCUCCUAACAUUGUUCACAUCUUCCCUAUACCUUGCGGCCCUGGUUGCGUCUUUCUUUGCCUCUGUGAUUACCAGGAUCUUUGGCCGGAAAAUCUCUAUGUGUUCCGGAGGUCUUGUUUUUCUCGUCGGAGCUCUUCUCAACGGUUUUGCUACCAACAUAGCAAUGCUUAUCGUUGGACGUUUAUUGCUUGGUGUUGGUGUUGGAUUUGCCAAUCAGUCGGUUCCCGUUUACCUCUCAGAAAUGGCACCGGCAAAGAUCAGAGGAGCACUCAACAUUGGAUUCCAAAUGGCCAUUACAAUCGGUAUUCUAGUUGCGAAUCUUGUUAACUAUGGCUCAGCAAAGAUUGAAGGUGGAUGGGGUUGGAGAAUUUCUCUAGGUCUUGCUGCCGUCCCUGCGAUCAUUAUGACCGUUGGAUCUCUCUUCCUACCCGACACUCCCAAUUCCAUUCUCGAGAGGGGUCAUAGCGAGAAGUCCAAAAAAAUGUUACGAAAAAUCCGUGGCACAGACGACGUUGAAGAUGAGUUCCAAGACCUUGUCGAUGCUACUGAGGCAGCAAAGAGAGUCGAACAUCCAUGGAAGAACAUCUUGGAACCCAGAUAUAGGCCUCAACUCGUCAUGUGCACGCUCAUUCCAUUCUUCCAACAGGUUACCGGCAUCAACGUCAUCAUGUUUUAUGCACCUGUUCUUUUUAUGACUUUGGGUUUCGGUCAAAAAGCUUCACUUAUGUCUGCUGUCAUCACCGGGACUGUUAAUGUUGUUGCCACUAUUGUUUCUAUCUACUCUGUCGACAAGGUUGGGAGAAGGGCACUGUUUCUUGAAGGUGGCGUACAAAUGAUUCUUUGCCAGAUCGGUGUGGGAACGGUGAUUGGGGUGAAGUUUGGGGUCAGUGGAGAAGCAGUGUUAUCCAGCGGUGAAGCCGAUUUCGUGUUGUUCUUAAUUUGUGCUUAUGUAGCUGCAUUUGCAUGGUCGUGGGGACCAUUGGGGUGGCUUGUUCCCAGCGAAAUCUGCCCUCUAGAGAUCCGAUCAGCAGGACAAGCCAUUAAUGUUUCUGUGAACAUGUUGUUUACCUUUAUCAUUGCUCAAGUUUUCCUCUCCCUGCUUUGCCACACGAAGUUUGGCCUCUUCUACUUGUUCGCCGGUUUUGUGCUCAUUAUGACUAUUUUCAUUUACUUCUUCCUUCCCGAGACCAAGAAUGUCCCUAUUGAAGAGAUGAACAGAGUGUGGAAAGCACACUGGUUUUGGGGCAAAUAUAUUCCUGAUGAUGCUGUCAUUGGUGGCCCUGCCAAAAACAAUUAUUCUGCAUAA